AAUUUUCUUAAUCGGUUAUUUUGGAUGUAAGUUUGUAUUCAUGCAUUUAUGUGUACUGUAUAGACUAAUGAAAUAGGAAUCUAUUUUCGUUCUUGUCCCAGAUCUUAAAUGAUCAGCUUGCACGCAAUUAUAAUCUCUCAAUGCUAGCUAGUGUGUCUAUAUGUAUUCUCUCCAUGUGUACAAUGUAAUAUUGGUCUGAACACGGUUUCGACCGGAAAACUGCGACCGCAUCGAAAUAUGGAGUUGGUUAUUUUUGUUGUAGUUCAGAAAUGGUGUGAAGAAGGGUGUGUGGGUGGGUUAGAAAACCCCUCCUACACUAUGAGGGAUGCAGUGGAAUGCACUCAAAGAAAUGAGUAUGACCCAUGUUCAAAAGUCAAAUUUCUACGGCCACUUUUGUGAUAAUUAAAUGUGCUUACUUUUGCUACAUGCAACUGAAUCUGGUUUGGCAAAUUGUAAACUGCAUCCAAACAGUCAAUAAGAAUGUUGGCAUAUGUUUUAGCAUGAAUCAUUGGUUUUUGGGCGUGGGAUGCCACAUUUGGUCGGCCAUUUUUUCCUCAUAAGACACAAUUUUAACACAUGCAGCAACAAUUCAUGGGACCAUCAAACCAUAAUGUUCACGAGUGGAUAUAUGAAUGAAUCAUGACAAUCUAAAAAAACGAAGUUGUAUGAAUUUUACUCUGUGAUUUGGGAACUUUUUUCAUUCACUUCAUCAAGAGAGUGUGUUCCAAAAAUAGCUUUACAAUAACCUAAAGAAGAAAAACAUCUUCGGGGCGGUUUGCUUUAAUGAUUUGUUCUGUAAGACGAUUGUACAAUGUAGAAUGAUGUUCAAUAAUUACUUGACCUAAAUAUCUUUCGAUCGAAACAAUGUUCUCUAACAUAGCAUAUCUCUUGAGGAAAAAUUGAAGACCGACGAUGGAAAUGGAAUCAUGUGUCCCUCCAGGCUUUCGAUUUCACCCCACCGACGAAGAACUCGUUGGUUACUACCUGAAGAGACGGGUUAACGACAUGAAAAUCGAUCUUGAUAUCAUCAUUGACAUCGAUCUCUACAGAAUGGAGCCCUGGGACAUUCAAGAGAGGUGCAAAUCGGGGUAUGAAGAACAAAAUGAGUGGUACUUUUUCAGUCACAAGGACAGAAAGUAUCCAACAGGAACGCGAACUAAUAGGGCGACUGCUGCCGGUUUCUGGAAGGCAACCGGAAGGGAUAAGGCAGUGCUUUCGAGCAACAAAAUGAUAGGGAUGAGGAAGACAUUAGUGUUCUACAAAGGACGCGCUCCAAAUGGGAAGAAAUCUGACUGGAUUAUGCACGAAUAUCGGCUCCAGACAUCUGAAAAUGGACCCGUUCAGGAAGAAGGAUGGGUGGUAUGUCGCGCAUUUAAGAAGCCAACUCCAAAUCAAAAGCAAGGUUUUGAAGCUCGGGACAAUGUUUACUACACCAGAUCAAUCAACAGCAAUUACAGGCCUAAUUCAUCAUAUCCAAGCACCCCGAGUUCAAUGCAACCUUUUGAUCCAGUUAAUCAAGGAACAAAUUUUCAGCAGUCUCCAUUUGGCCUGGUUUUGGAAAACCAAAUAGUUGAACUUCCAGAACUUGAUAGCCCAGCCAUGUUAACGAGUGAUUUUACAAGGAAAGGAAUUUUAAGUUUCGACAGUAAUGCAAUAUUUGAAAAUGAAGAGUUGACCGAGGAUGAUAAAAGCAAUUAUGGGAAUCGAAUUAGUGACUGGAAAAGCUUUGAUUUACUUGCAUCAGAAGUAGUUGAGCCUUCGCCAUAUGCUUACACAAACCUGUUAUUAAUGUCCCAAAAUAGUGAGCAAAAUGCUCAAAACUAUGACAGCCAAGUACUUGAAAUCUUUCCCAACUAGUAGUUAAGCAUGUUCAGUAUGCAAUGUACUGGACACACGACAUUUUAGCCAUUUUUUUUUGGUUCAGUGCUAUCCAAUUUACAUAUCCAAACAAGUCAAAAGUGCAUGCAUAGAUAGAAUUUCUAGUGAAUUGAAUAAAUAACAGCCCUUGUCAAGUCCUGUCUAAAAUAUCCAAGGCCGUAGGUUAAAUUGUUAAUUUUACAUUUUGACUCUUUGUUAUUAUUUUGCAUUUUUGAAUGGCAUGCUAACUAAAGGA